AUGAGAAGCCAGCUAUUGGAUCUGAUCCGCGAGACCCGAGCUCCAGAGUCCAAGAGGAAAGAAACCGUUGCUUCACGCUGGGACCAACUGCUGGGGACUGCUCGCAACCAGAACGCCGCUGCUGCCUCCAAGACUGCCACAUCAAACAGCACCGGGAACAACACGCCCUCCGCCUCGACCCUCCUCUCCGACCUGCACGAAGACAUCUACUCGUCCUCGCUCCCGCCGAUCACGCUGCGCCUGCGUCCAACGCUGGGCCGUACGGUGGACGGCAUCUACGGCGACCCGACGCGAGGCUUCCGCCUGUUGGAACGCAAAUGCAACGAGAACAGCGUCAAGCAGGACAUGAGGAGCCAGGAGAAGCACGUCCGCAGGGGCCAGCGGAGAAAGAACAUACGGAUCCUGAGGUGGCGCAAGUUGUUCAUGGAGGGAUUCCGGAGCGAGUUGGGCCGGAUCAGGAAGAUGAGGAAGCAGGGAUGGUAA